UCCUAUAUACCCAAGUGGUUAAGCCAUAUACAUGUGCGCAAUACAACAUAUUGAGCGUUGAAAGUCAAACGGAAAACAUUGUGAGGCUGUUGUAUACAAUAACAUUCUUACUCUAAGCAAACAAAUGACUUCAUAACAUUAACAAGCCAUAGAAUACCUCAUCGUUGCUAGACAAUGAACUAAAGUAAUGUAUUGUGUGCAUAACUUCGUGAUUAUUGUGGCCUCUUAUUAUACCAACUGCCGGUAUUUAUGAUCAAAGAUGGUUAAUGGCGUUUGGAAAAUGUUACAAAAACGACGACGCGUUGUUAUCGCCGCUGCUGGAGUCAUUCUGGUUGUUUCGCUAACGUUAUUCACCACUGGGAUUGUUUUCAUACUACACAAGCGAUGUGAGAAAAGCGGAGAAAGCUCAACAAGUACCCUUGACCUCUGCGGACGCUCUGACGAGGGUGAGAGAUCAGGAUUGAUAGAUCUAUUCGCAAAUGCAAGACGAACCUACAGUAAAGUUAGCCCUUUCUCCACGCUGAGUGUGUCCCGUCUCACGCCACGAGAAGAAUUCCUUAAACCUAGCAGCAUUAAGAAUUGUACAGACUCCGCAAGGAGCUUGUAUAAACAGUUUAAAUCAUUACAAAUCAACACACAUAAGCUAACACCACGGGAACUAAAGAGCAUUGCAGAACUUGAGCACUUUCUUAACCACAACUUUGCCCAGCCUGGCAGCGAUUACUACAGCGGUUUAUGGCUACUGGGGCCUGAUAUUAUGUGUACGGACUACAUGUGCCGACAUUUUUCUGGCCAAGUCUUGAGCACAGGCGCCAUGCACUUUAGACCAAAAACCGUUGAGGAUAUUUUGGAAGUUCGUAACGCGCUCGCAUUUUACAACCGUACAAUACGUCAGUAUAUAGAAAAUAUUCGAUAUGGGGCAAGGAGUGGAAUGGUUCGAUCAGUUGAAGCUUGCUUAGCAGGUCUGGACGCCAUUAAGGAAAGAUUUAUUAAUAUCGCACAUCGCAACGCGACUGGCAUUCUACAAGAAUGGUUUGUUCAUUUGAUGUUGAUUCCAGCCUAUUACGAAGACCUUCACGAAGAAACGAAAGAAAAAUGGUUUAAAACGUACGGGAAAAACGUCAAUGAAUCGAUAAAAGACUUUCUUGUAGAGUUGAUUGGGAAACCAUUGGAAGAAAUGUUAAGGUUUUUGGAGCACGAAAACAUAUUGAACUGUGUUCCAUCAAGUGUAUCGAGUGGCUUGGCUAACUUGCCACUUUCGUAUAUCUAUUUUAAUGGAUCAAAGACCGAGACUCCGACUCAUCCGUAUCUUCCCUCGGGAGAAAAACUUGACGGAAGAAAGGCGUAUGAAAAUCUUUUGGCAUCGUAUACCACGACAAACUUGACAGCAGACGAAGUGCAUGCUCUUGGUUGGAAGCAUGUUAAUAUAUUGUAUUCUCAAAUUCUUGAGCUGGCAAAGAACGUUACGGGUCAUACGAACGAAAGCUACGUUAUAGAAGAUUUCAAAUCUCUACUAACAAACAGAAGUCAGUACUACAAUGAACAAAGCUUUCCAAAAAAUGAAUCAUUCGAGACAGCCAGGAAGAACUGCAGAAAUGCGGAUAGUGCGAGGAGGUUUUGUCCAAAGCGAUGGGAAGCACUACAACUCUGGUUUGACGAGGAAGCAAGGUUGCUAAGCCAACUGGAUCCAAAGACGUGCAAUCUUUUUCACUUCACUGGUUUGAAGCGCACGACUCCAAACUGUCCAAUACAAUUAGUCCCAAAUUUCAAUCCCUCGAUUGCCGCAGCCAGUUAUUUCUACAGCUCAGGAUGCACAGGACCUGCGUUCAUAAAACUGCCAUUUUUCAACGACGACUACGGUCCUCGCUAUUUGGGAAUGACAAUUAAUGCUCAUGAGGGUAGACCUGGACACCACACGCAGCGCCAAGGAUAUUUUGAAAACUUUCAAAACAGUUGCCCGGUGAACGAGAUGGGAUGGCUGGAUAAAAUUAUGUUGUCAAAGUACGGCGCAUUCACGGAAGGAUGGGGUCUAUACGCAGAAUAUCCGUUAGUUGCUGAAUAUACUGACGCCUACACAAACCAACCGUUAAGUCGAUAUGGGAUGCUGAAGGGGCAAAUAUUGCGAGCACUACGUUUGGUUGUCGAUGCCGGAUUUCAUUAUAAAAAAAUGAAACGAGACGAAGCAUUGGACUUAUUUCGUAAAUAUAUGUGGGACACAAGUGACGUCAUGGAGAAAGAGGUUACCCGCUACCAAAGCGUUCCAGGUCAAGCUUCGUCGUACAAGAUUGGUCAGCUGACAAUCCUAGAUCUUCAAAAAUACAUGCGCGAUGAACUGGCGGAGAAAUUCAGCAUACGGGACUUCCAUUACGAGUUAUUACGUCACGGCUCAGUUCCGUUGCACUACAUCAAGGGACAAGUUGAAAAAUACGUCAAUUGUCAGAAAAACAACGAAGAUUGUCAGUAUUCAAAGACCACACUAUCAAAACUGGUGCAGAAAAGUCAUGACUCUAGUAGAUCAGAAUUUGAUAUGAACCAAAUGUUCAACGUAGAAAGAUAUUAUUAGUAUAUAUUAUGUUAGGAACACAUAUACACAUUAUAUAUUGAAAGAGAAGCAAAUAUAUUCAGCCUUUAAGCCGAUUGUUGAUGCAUUGAGAUCUGGUUAACCAAAUGAAACCACUUCAGACACAGAAUAUUAAUUGUUUUCCUGCGGGGAUGCCAAGUUUAAGACCUACUUCAAGACUAGACAAAUACGCCUCUUGACGUGACGGGAGAAAAAUGAGCUCUUUCGUCGAAAAAAAAUGGAGGCGAGAACGUGACUACUCCAUAUGAACUGAAUUAAAGAUAAUUUUCCCAGGCUAUACGCAUUAUCUGUGCGUCAUAGCGCUUGUAAAACAUACCAAAAUAGGGUAUCGAUGUUUGAGAGAAGUCGGUGCUGCACUAUAUGCAGUGCAUGGUAAGGUUCCUACUUGAGGCGGUUGAAGGACUUCGUCAGUUGUUCAUUGAUUAUAAUUUAUAGUGUUUUAAUUCUUAAAUGUUUUCACUCAUUUUUAUUUAAUUAAAUGUAAGGUAUAAAUAAUGGAUAGUCUACCGCGAUGAUGGAACUCAAGCAGAUUAAAAACCGCGUCUGUAAAGUUGAAAAAUAACAA